UUCAUUCGUUUUUGUUCUUUGCCAUGGUGAUGAUGGGGGUGACUCCGGGUCAAGUUUCGAGCAGUACGUCUUUCUCUGCAUGGAGUGGGAGGAAUUCGUAUUCACGGCUAACGUCAUCAGACUACAACUCGUACUCUCCUAUCGACAAGAUACCGAGUACCACUUUCUGCACGUCGACGACUACUGUCAAUGUCACUGUCUUGGCCUGGCGUGUUACGGAGACUUUGACGUCUACUUUCCACAACUUGACAAUUAUCCCCGAAGUCACGCGUUACAGCAAUGGCACGAACGUUACCAACAUCAUCACCGUGACGCCGACAGAGACUCCCUCUAUAUCCCACCCGACAGUCUCUUUCGGAGGCUCAAUAUGUGGGUAUCCUGACAUUUGCGUCGAACCAAUCCCGACAUACGGGCCCUGCCUGGUGCCCCCAGCUACAGCUCCGACGAGCUACGUACCCAUAUCCGUUACAUCGCUAGUAGAAAAGCCCUGGACAGAACCAGUCAAGUACAUACCCGAGACAACGGGGAAAUACGCCACCGCGGCGUCGGGGCCAAGCCAAACGGCUGCGCGAGCGCCCCCCGGGUCUCCCUCCCAGCCUUCCCAGACUCCAACAUCGAAUGGCGCUGGGAACGCCCAAAUUCCACAAGCUUCGAAGGUAUCCCCGUUUGUAUCAAUGUUAUUGCCAUCAACGACAUUGAGACUUGAGCCGGGCCAAAAGACUGGAGUCAACGACGCUCAAAUCUCUUUCGUCGAUGGAGGCUCUGCAAUCGUGAUAGGUACACGGACGAUAUCGGUCGAUGUAGGGACGGAGGCGAAGACUCUGACCUUGGGUGGAAGCGAUUUAUCGAUAAUCUCAGGGACGCAUACAGCGAGCCCGAGCGUUACCAUAGUGAUUGGACCAGAAGACCAAUCCAAGACAACAAGUCCUGCUAAUUUCACAGGAGCUGCGACGAGGCAUGAUUUGGGGAGGGGAGGUUGGUUAUGGAGCGUUCUUGCUCUAUUGCUUUUGUAG